AUGUAUGAUGAAACUGUGUUCGUUCCCUUUGAACAACACGUACGUUUCAUAUUGGUUGACAUUGAUAAUAGGCAAAGGUUCGGGAUUAAAUGGAACGAUAUCACCUGUGAUCGGUGGGUGAACGUGGGAGAGAGACAGUACCAAUGUGACGUGUGUGAAAAGUCAUUCAACAAAAAAGACCAUCUGACGGUACACCAGCAAACGCACACAGGAGAGAAGCUUUAUCUGUGCGACAAGUCAUUCAGCAACAGUAGCACGUUGACGAUACACCGACGGACGCACACAGGAGAGAAGCCGUAUCCAUGUGAUAUAUGCGAUAAGUCAUUCAGUGUAAGUGACCAUUUAGCGAAGCACCGGAGAACGCACACUGGAGAGAAACCGUAUCCAUAUGACAUAUGUGAAAAGUCAUUCAGCAAUAGUAGCACGUUGACGAUACACCGGCGGACGCACACAGGAGAGAAGCCGUAUCCAUGUGAUAUAUGCAAUAAGUCAUUCAGUGUAAGUGACCAUUUAGCGAAGCACCGGCGAACGCACACUGGAGAAAAGCCGUACCAAUUUGACAUAUAA